AUGAAGCCUUGCUUUUUCACACGAACGUCCGAUGGCUAUCAAAAGGGAACAUGCUUGGACGGCUCUUUUUAUGAGCUACGAGAAGUAGCAAUAUUUUUAGAUUCACAGCAGAAGGCAGGCUUUCAUGACAAUUUCCAAUCUGAAGGCUUUCAGAUAACUGUAGCUUACCUGGUGGACAUUUUUGAAGCAUUGAAUGCUGUGAACCUUAAACUACAAGGAAAAGCAUCAACAUCAUCACGCACCAUGACACCAUUCGAGCCUUCAUGGCCAAACUCGACCUCUGGAAAUGUCGGGUUCAGCAGGGAAAUGCAAGCCAGUUUUAGGAACUUGGAUUCUGCUCUCGUUGACAGUUUCCCAGAUAUAGAUGACAAGCGUGAAGCCUGGAAAUUCAUCAGAAACCCAUUUCAAUGUGAAGUAGCUGAUGUUGCUGAUGAAGUCCAAGAAGAGUUCCUAAAAUUGAAGUUCAACUCUACAGCUAAAGAAGACUUCAAAGAUAUGGAUUUGGAGACGUUCUGGGUCAAAUGCCUUUCUGUUUACCCUCUGAUCUCACCUCAGGCUCUUCGGAUUCUAACAAUGUUUGGAUCCACAUACCUAUGUGAAACUGCAUUUUCCACGCUCGUGCUACAAAACCCAAAGUACAGAAACCGCCUGAACGUUGAAGGGGACUUACGUUGUGCACUCUCAAGCAUUCGACCACGUAUUCAAGAUCUGGUAGCUAAGAAGCAGUGUCAAAUAUCUCACUAA